AUGAAUCAAGUACUUGUGGAAGUGUCAAAUCAAGUUGCAACUAUAACUUUAAACAGACCAGAACGUGGUAAUGCCCUUAACUCUGAAAUGGUAACAGAAUUCCUUAACCUCUUUACCAAACUUGAAAACGAUCCUUCAGUACGUGUUAUUGUAAUAACUGGAGCAGGAAAGUUUUUUUGUACGGGGUUUGAUUUACAAACUUCAAGUACAAUACCCGAAGAACUUUCAAAUAUUUUUGAAGCAGGUUAUCUCUUUUAUAAAACUAUUAAAAAUUGUUACAAACCCGUAAUCGCCAAGAUAAAUGGACCAGCCUUAGGAGGUGGUCUCGGCUUAGUGUUUACAACAGAUAUUAGAAUAGCAUUAAAGGGAACAUAUUUUUCAUUUCCAGAAGUAAAAAUAGGCACUGCACCAGCUAUAAUUUCACAAUAUGUUGUGCCAGAGAUUGGUUUAUUCAAAGCAAAACAAUACAUGCUGACUGGAGAAAAGAUAUCAGCAGAACAGGGAGUUUUAGAUAAAUUCAUUACAUGCGUUGUGAAAGAUCACGAAGAACUGAAUAACAAAAUUAAUCAAUAUACAAACCAACUUUUAAAUCCACCAACUGCAAUCGGAACAAUCAAAAAAUUAGUAAAUUUAAUUGGAUCGACGGAGAGCGAAGAAUUAAAAAAAGAUUACAUCAAAAGAAUAUUUGUUGAAUUAUUCAGACAGAUGAAUUAUAAAAAACAAA